GUGUCAUCGCAUUUUGCUGGGGCCGUGCUCGUUUCGACAGGUCGGUCGUUUAACAUGGCGUUGGUCGACAGCGACAUGUGCGGAUGAAUUGCUUUAUUCUUUGUCGUGUUCAUUUCUUUUACCCAGUGUUUAUACAGUGUUUUUAGUAGACAAUCGUGUAUGUAACCGUGUUUGUGAGUUACAUAACGAAUUUAUGGGGUUUUGGGUGUAAGUUGACGUGAGUGAAAUAAGUAACUGCGAUGGUGAAAACCCGCCGCAGUAAUGGAGAAAACGGGGAGGUGGAGGAAGGGAACGAGGGCCUGAACGACGUCGGCAGUGUGUCUGACGAGAAGGCUUCCAAUUGGUCACAAAGGGAGCUGAGGAGUGGCCAGUAUAAAGUUACAAGGAAAAUACAACACUGGCCUACCAAGAAAUAUAGCAGAAGACGUCGCACUAUAAAGAUGCCUCGUAUUGUGUUCCCGGAGAGUGACACAGAGCAAGAAAAAUAUUCUAGACGUUCGCGCCAAGUUCGAGUGUUCUUCGCAGACGACAAUGAUUCCACCAACCGGAGCCUCCGCAUUCACAACAGCCGCGGCCCGAGGAAGAACUACAUGGAGGACAGCGAAGACAAACCGAUACAACAAAAUGUCAGACGAAGCUGCCGUAAGCGCAAGCUGCUGCACCACAACUUCAACGAGAGCUGGAUCACCAAUGAGCUGAAAGUUAAGGGAUACCCGGACUUGUAUGGGUUCCCUGGGUCUAGUUCCUCAGAUGAGUUCACAUCGGGAGACGAAGCUACAAGGGUCUCUAGCAAGAAAAUGGUGGCAGUUGGACAGUCUCACAGCAUCCCGCCGCCAACAAACACAGAUGAAGACACACAGCUGUCGCGCCAGAGAAGGACCUCAGCUAGAUUCAACAAAAAGGCUAAUGAUGCCACAGAGUCAGAUUCGGAAGGUGAUAACAACCAGACAGUGAUUGAGAAGAAGCCAUCUGCCGAGGAAAAUGAGAAUGCCAAUAUGGAUACGAGUGAAGUUAAGAAAGAGGAGGCGCCCGAGCAGCCAGCUGAAAACGGACAGGAUAGUGAAAGCAAUCAAGGCCCUGCUCGGUCCACUAGAGGGCGCGGUCGUCGCAGGCAAAAGAAAGAGGAUAGCCAACAAGACACAGUGACGGAGUCGUCAUCGGAAUCCAGCUCGGAGCUGACGCUGCGCCGCGCGCCGCGGCGCUCCACCCGCUCGCGGCCGCCCAAGCCGGCCUUCGUGCAGAUCGCGCAGCGCGAGACCCGCGGCCGAGCAAAAACGUUUACGAUACGGAAGAAGCCUUACUGCCUCCGAGAGAGGAAACCCAAAAUCCUUCGUAGGAAAACUAUCAGAUCUCAAUCCCCGUCGAGUAGCAGCAGCACAUGCAGCUCGGAUACGGACGAGGACCUUAACGUCACCAUGAAGAAGAAGACCAAGGGCAGGCAAAAGUCAAAGUCUACAGACGACAAGAAAGACGAUAGAGCACUAAGAGACAUACAGCCUGUGGAAGUCGAUGGAAGCGUCAGAUUCUCAUCCGUCGGAGGUUUAGAGGAGCACAUAAAAUGCCUCCGCGAAAUGGUCCUCUUCCCCCUAAUGUACCCAGACUUGUUCAGCAAGUUCAACACAAGGCCAGCGAAAGGGGUUCUGUUCCACGGCCCCCCGGGUACAGGGAAGACGCUACUGGCUAGAGCGCUGGCGAACGAAUGUAGCCUGGUGGGGGGAAGAAAGGUGGCCUUCUUUAUGAGAAAGGGGGCGGAUUGUUUGAAGAAAUGGGUGGGGGAGAGUGAGAGGCAUUUGAAGCUACUGUUUCAACAGGCGAGCAAGAUGAAACCGUCCAUAAUAUUCUUCGACGAGAUAGACGCGCUCGCGCCCGUACGUAGCGUCCGACAGGAUCAAGUGCACGCCAGCGUCGUUGGCACGUUGCUUGCUGAGAUGGACGGGUUAUGUGACAGAGGCGAGGUGAUAAUAAUCGGCGCAACAAACCGCCUCGACGCGGUAGACCCGGCGCUCCGGCGCGCGGGCCGUUUCGAUCGCGAACUACACUUCCCGCCACCUCACGCCGCCGCCAGAAGAGAGAUAUUGGACAUUUACACUAAUCAUUGGAGGCCUAAGCCUUCGGAUGAGACGCUGGAUCAUUUGGCGCAGGUCGCUAGCGGUUAUGGAGGUUCAGACUUAAAGGCGUUAUGUUCAGAAGCAGUAUUAAAAGCAUUACGAAGAGUGUACCCACAAGUGUACGAAAGUGAAUACGCGCUAUUAAUAGAUACCAAAAAUGUGGAAGUAACCCGAGAAGACUUGCUCCAAGCCAUGCAGUCGCUAGUGGCGGCGGGUGCGCGCACCAGCCCGCUGCCCGCCAAGCGGCUGCCGGCGCACGCGGCGCCGCUGCUGCACGCCCAGAUACAGGCCGCCGGCGACCUCAUGAACAACGUCUUCCUACAGGAGAAGAAGAUCGGCGACGUCCCCCUAUCUCCAAGCGUGCUCCUAAUCAGCGGGGAAUGCGCAGAGACGCACAUAGCGCCCGCAUUACUCGCGCAGUUGGAGCAUUGCACGGUGAAGGAGCUCAGUAUGAGCACUCUGCACUCCGUCCAUGCGUUUACGCAGGAACAGGCGCUGAUCACUCUGUUCUCCGAGUGUCGGCGAGCCGACCGCGGCUGCGUGCUGUUCCUCCGCGACUGCGUUGGAGUUUGGGCCAUGCUCGGCGCUACCGGCGCCGCGCUGUUCGCGCAACUAUGGCGGACCAGGGCCGCUGGCGACGGCACAUUACUACUGGCGACUUCUAACGUGCCUCAUAAGGAACUUCCUCAAGAGCUUCAAGACCUAUUCCCCGUAUACAAAGACUGCGUGUACUCCGUGCGGGAGCCGAGCGCGUCCGAAGUGAUUGCGUUCUUAAAGCCGAUCAUCACCGAAGCUCCAUUAGAACCCCCCGUUAUAGAGAACCAUGAGCCGCCGCCUCCUCUACCUCGAGCGCCCCCGCCGCCGCCGCCCCGUGAGACCGAAGAGCAGAUCUCCCGACGCAAGCGCAAGGAAGACUACAAGCUGCGCGAGCUGAGGAUAUUCCUCCGGGACAUUUGUAGGAAGCUGGCUUCCAACCGACGCUUCUACAAGUUCACUAAACCCGUCGAUCUGGAGGAGGUAACAGACUACCUGGAGAUCGUCAGGCAGCCAAUGGACCUGGAGACCAUGAUGACCAAAGUGGACAUGCACAAGUACAACUGCGCUAAGGAGUUCCUCGAGGACAUAGAUUUGAUAUGCGCUAACGCAUUGGAGUAUAAUCCGGACAGAACGUCGUCAGACAAGCAGAUCCGUCACGAGGCCUGCUCGCUGCGCGACCAUGCGCACGCGUUGAUCGAUGUCGAGAUGGAUAGCGACUUUGAGUUGGAGUGUCAGGACAUUGCCAGGAGAAGGAAGGAUGAGGGAACGGCGGCGGACAACGAUCUGCCGGACUUUAUAUAUACGGCGUCUAAUCUACAUGUUUCGGCGAAUCUCGACGGCACUGCUGAGGGCAAAUCACCGCAGACACCCGGCCCAGAGCGGGACAGUGUCAAGCGUAAGCGACGUCGCAUCAACGCGUGGUCGAAAGGACUCGUUGUGAAACGACAGAGAACGCAGAAGACCUUCAAAGAAUCGGUAAUGAUAACCGACGAGGAGUCUAAAGAGAACAAGCCGAUCACGUCGACGCCGAUGACGAACGGCGCGUCGACGUCCGGGUCGGACGACGACGCGCCGCUGCGGCGGCCGCGCGACGACUCCGUGUUCAAUCUCUCCGCGCAGGGCGUCCACAACCACGUGCUGGAGAGUACGGCAAAGUCAACGGAGAAAGUGACAGCAAAAUCAUCACCAAAGAAAAGAAAUUCCGGGCACGAGACUUCCAGUAGAGACGCGGACAAAGUACUGAUAAACAAGACUGAAUUAGAUAACCUCCUAUAUAAGAACGCGAAGCCGCUCCGGCAGAUCGGCCUGUCAGCUCUGCUCGACCUGCACGCGCAGCUGUCCGCCGUGCUGCGCCGCUACGCGGACCGCGCGGACCGCACCAAGCUGCCGACUGACAUGCACGCCGUGGUAGCGCGGUACGUGCACAUAUCGAGGAAGUGAGCUGGUGUGCGCUCCUGUUGCUGGUUGUGUGAGUGACUUUAUUUAUUGGGUGAUAAAUUUGAAAAUGGAGUGGCGAGCCAGCGGAGCGUUACGGCGUACAGGACACAAGGAAUGUCAAGCGACCAUUGGAUUCAGCGCUCACAGAGACCGUCCGAAUAGGGAGUAUUACUGCAAUGUUCUGCCGCCAGAGUGCAGCACUAAUUUGUUUAGUAAACCAUAGAGUAACUUAUACAUACUAGGCCAACAGUUUUCACUCAGUUUGAUGUCUUAAAUAAACGGAUUUAUUAUUAUUUAUUAUUAUGACAUUGAUGCACCAAGGCGGUUUGUUUACAGGUGGCGUACCGCGAAAUGCGAAAAUCGUAAUUUCUUUAUCUGCUUAAAGCAUAAGCUGCGAAUAAGCAAGAGCGAUAGAGAGGCAGAAACCGAACUUUCGAUUGUCGUGUUUCACGGUAGGCCAUGUGAUUGACCUAGUGACUCAUGAUGUGUCAUUGUGAGGUUUAUUUACUGUAUUUGCUAGUGGUGACACCUACGCAGAGCUUUGUCUAAUAGUUCCUAUUUGUUAGAUACGUCCACUCAGUUCGCACACAAAGUGGAGUGGAAUGGUGUCGAGCGUCGACAAAAACGUUCCAUGGGGCGCGAAGCGUCAAAUUGCUCAGGCCGCUCGCAUACCGUUUAUUUGUUUAAAUUGACGCCGCACGCCUUGAGCGUCCGCUCAAUUUUACGCUAAUGACGUCAUCGAUUCAUGUGUGAUAAUAAUAUGGCUUGAAUAUGCUAAAUGAUGUUUACAAAAUUAAAGUGAUUGUAAAGACGGUAUUAUAACGUCAAGUUCAAGUAAGUAUAUCACAUGGUAAAGGCAUGGUAAUUGUCAGUGUAUUUAUGUCAAAUGAUUUUUG